AUGGGUGUUGAACACCUCGACGCGCGAUGGCAUGACAGUCCGGACCCGACGACGGAAGCUUGGGAAGAAUCUCAGACAUGGUGCGAGAGCUUGCGACCACCGCGACGGCGGCGACUAGGCUCGAUGGGUCGUGGAGUUGCCUGGAUGUGGAUGCUGGUGCUGAUGGCCCUGGCCCUGGCGACUUCGACCAGCGCCGUGAUGUUGGAUUUCGAGAACUGUCUAGGGAAGUCCGUCAUCGAAUCGAGUCCGCUCCAGCUACAAUUCGUCCCGCUGGACGUGGCCGUCCAUUUUGAUCAGGCCGAUCCGCUGCAUGCCCUGAACGUGACGGUCUACGGCAACGUUUCUGGGACCGCCGAUCGGCGGUCGUCGUACCCAUCUGCCGAUGAUCCCCAAUGGAUCAAUUCAACCGAGACCGUGGGUAAGAUCCUGGAUCUGGAUACCACGAACAACAAGUAUUCCACCUUGUUGACGGCCGUCAACGUGGUCAGCUUUUCUCCCUACAACGAUGCGUCUCGGUUUUGUAAUUCCGUCACCCAAGGGGACUGUCCGUUGACGCCGGUGUUUAACGCGAACGCGAGCGACUUGAGUGCCUUGCGAGCUAUCUCCUUCCAGCAUGAUAUGCUGUCGUCGUACCACUUCUCCACUCUCUCGUCCACCCUGACCAUCAAAUCCGGCGAUGCCGAUGCUACGAUACUUGGAUGCGUGUCGGUCGACGUCACUCCCGACCUGGGAUCGUCUCUGAAGAGCGCUUUGGCAUAUGUGCCCCUGGUGAUUCUCAUCCUGGUAGGGAUCGCUACUGUAACUGCGGCAAUCUUCAGCCCUUGGGGUACGACGGACCCUUUCCACUGGACCAGCAACUACGGCCGCGACGAGGAUGUGCUACGACUGGUGACGCCCGGGUUUGGAGAUUGCCUCCAAUACCUACAGUUUGCCGUGCUGACGGGCGCUCUAUCCCUGAACUACCCCGGAUAUUAUCAGCCCGUAGUUAGCCAAGUCGCUUGGUCGGCACUGAUGUUCAACCAGAGCUUUUUGGACCCCGGCAAAGAGCGCGAUCCCAUCUCGGACGGGGUCUACCGUGUGAACGCGACUGAUGGCCUGGACCGAAUGGAGCAUUUCGUGGGAAUGGCGUCUCCCCAGGACCUGUGGCCCAACAUGAUGGUGUGGCUGCUCGUCAUCGUGAUCAUCAUCAUGCUUCUCAUCCAGCUGGCGUUUGCCUUCCGCUGGCUGCACCGUGAGAUUGCGAGUAUCCCCGAGGAAGACCUUCGCGCCAAGAACAUGCCGUUCACCGUGGGUAACGUGAUUCGGAUCGUGUUCAACUACCUGUUUCUACCGCUCAUCUCGCUCUCUUUCUACCAACUGGUCAUCGCCAGCAAAUCCCCAGCCUAUUGCGUGGCUCUUGCCGUUGUAGUCAUCCUGAUACUGAUAGCUUUUUCUAUCUGGACGAUCCGGCUGAUUGCGAGUACGCGCCCUAAAUCUUACCUCUUCGAUGACCUACCGACCGUGCUGUUGUAUGGCCCCUUGUACAACACCUUUUGCGACGAUGCGGCUGCCUAUGCGGUGGUCACGAUCUUUAUUUCGUUCGCCCGCGGCGUUGCUAUCGGCGCGCUGCAGCCGUCCGGAAUCGCCCAGAUCGUGCUUCUGGCCAUCUGCGAAGUCGUGUCGCUUCUAACCCUUCUGGCCUUCCGUCCUUUCGCAUCGCCCACCUCUAUGAACUUAUAUCAUGCCUGCUUCACUGUGGUUCGGUUCCUUACGAUAUUGCUCAGCGUUGUGUUUGUUCCCUCCUUGCAGGUCCCGCAGGUUGCGCGAGGGUGGAUCGGAUAUGUGAUUCUGCUGCUCCACGCCCUGGUUCUCGUCUUUGGAUUUUUCCUGAAUGCCUUACAAACCUUGAUCGAGGUCUUUGCACGACUGGCUGGUGCAGGCGGAAAUGAAGGUGGCGUUACUCGAGGCGGUCUCACGAAGGUGUUCGGUAUGCGUCAACUCUCGCGGCGGGUUCCAAGACGCGAUGCGGGAACUCGUCAAAGCAUGGGCUCCGAGGCUGCGAUGCUAGGCCACGGGGACGAUCGAUUGUCCUCUCAAUUUGACGGAUCACGACCGCGGAGUCUGUCGGGGAGCUCGGCUUUGCUCCUCAACCGCGCGACUGCCAGUGACGGAAGAGCCAGUGCAUUUUACGAAUCUGCUAGCGCUCACGGCGCCCACAGCCGGGCCAACAGCAGCGGCAUCUUUGCACCGUCGACGCCUGGCGGCCACACAACUUUCCAGGGCGCGGGGUACCACACGCCCGGCAGUAAUUCUCCUAAGAGUGGGCCAAUAUUCGCCAUGCAUCCGCAGGACCCCUAUUACCGACCCCCGCGAACCCGUCGGAAGGGGACAGAUGGGAGCAUGGGAGAAAAGAGUGGUCGUGGUCAGCGGGUCGCCAGCUAUGCGGACGACGACGAUAUAAUCGAAGGCCCGUCGAUUUCGGGAAGAGCCACUCCGGUGCCGGCUUAUAUUCCGGCGCCCAAGGACGAUUUGGACCUUGACGAUCCUCGGCAGUCGCAGAAAGACUACGCCGUUCGUGAAGUGGACUUUUACUACCGGGUGCGCGGCCCUCCGUUAUCACAGUCCGGCACGCGCAAGUUGAAAACGGGUCCGGCAGACCCGACGGGCCCCGUGUCGUCUGCCACGGGAUUUUUCAGGAACCUGUUCCAAGGCAAGACGAAGGAGAAAGGAAAAGGCUUUGAAGUUGUCCGGAGUUCACGGGCUCCGCCCCCGGGUCUCUUCCCCGAAGCACAGUACAAUGAGCCGUACUCAGACGAGCCUGGAGACCACGCCGCUUCCGGUGCCGUCGGUGCCGGGGCUGGUGCUGUCAGUGCUGCCGGUGGACAUACGCGCCAGGUCUCCGAAGGGGAGUCGGUUUAUCGAAGCUCGGACGACGAUGAGGAGGACGAGGAUUCCGAGGAGGAGCACCACCGACCCACAAAUGUUGCUCCGCUUAGUCUGCCGCAGGUUGAUGCGGGCGGUGCCAUCGAGCUUCCGAGCCGCUUGGGCUCGCGCCGUAGCUCUCGGCCUCCGUCCCUGAUGUUGGAGACGCCAUCAAACCCCGGGCAGCGGCAGGAAUUCGCGCGCUCGAUAGACGUGGGAGACGAGCACAUGUCUCAGAAGUCCCUUCCGGCCGUCAAAGAGGUAACGACAGGGGAUCCUAGAGAGUUCCAUGACCACGGAGAGCCCAUCUUCCCCCCGAACCAACUCCAUCCUUCUUCGUCGGGCACCGGUCGGUUGCCCUUCAGUGCCAAUAGCUCGCCGUCCCGAGACCGCAAUUUCUCGAUUGCGUCCACGACGGCGUCCACCUCUUCCAGCCGGCACCAUGCACACGAGGGCCACAGCCAGGGGCGGGUGGAACGACCGUCGAGCAUGGGAUACGUUGCGCAACAUCGCACCCGCGACUAUAUCCACGAGGCCAGCCCGGACGAACCCUCCUUCACGGGCAGCGCGGCAGAGCUUGUUGACGAGCCGCACCAUCACCCCGAGGGAGAACGUGAUCAGUCCGACCUCUCUGUAUCGCGACCCAAUUCCCCGAAUCCUUCCGCCCUGGCACCACCACGCCACCCAGUCAAUGACGGUCCGUCCUCCAAACGCCGGAGAUUGAUCUCCUCUACAACCCUAGGAAGAAGAUCUCUCGCUGCGACCGAUCCAAUUUCCGGGUUCAUGUCGUCCUUGUCGAGUUCCGUCUCAGCCUCGUCCAAUCCACCCGCCACCCGCGCCCAUCAGGUCUUCGCCGGCCCCGAACGUGCCCCAACCAUACCCCAUGCGAAUUCCUAUAGCGUUGUAGGGACCAGCGAGGCCGGCCCUUCGUCGUCUUUUGCCUCGGAACGGCGUGCGGAGAGAAGGCGGUCCACCCUGUCGGGCUCCGACCGCAAGAGAAGGCUGGUCCACGAUGGCGAUGCCUGGUUGAGACGCGCACAAUCCGGAGACGGCGUGGAAGCCGGACCCAGUAGGAGACCGUCGGAUUCAAAUAGCAGGUCUAUUUCGAGCGGAUUCUCCCAUGCUAGACGCGAUGCCCCCCUGCCCGGCGCGUCUUACGCUACGGCCAUCGACUUGUCGGCGUCUUCACCGCCGCCGCAGCAGCAGCACCGCCAUUCUCCGACAGGCGAGCGGCGGAGUUCGUGGUCUCGCACGGGAAGUAACUUUUUGGAGUAUAUACGUCCGCGCUGGCAGCCUGACACCGAGGUGACGGAAUGUCCCAUCUGCGAAAUCCCGUUUAGUUUCUGGUACCGGAAACAUCACUGUCGGAAGUGUGGGCGGGUCGUGUGCUCGUCAUGUUCACCGCACCGGAUCACCAUUCCGCGGCAAUUCAUCGUCCGGCCGCCAGAUUCGCAUCGCUCGUCCGUGACGCCGCUGGUUCCAUCCCGCGCUGCUCAGAUCUUGGACGCUGACGCCAACCCCAAUUCUGCUGUCAACCCGGCGCUAGGAGGCGGCGAGGAAGUGCGUCUUUGUAACCCGUGCGUGCCGGAUCCUAACCCCGAUCCUCCACGUGGAUACACCACCCUCCGAUCUCAUCCAGGCCAACCGAAUCAGUCGCGGCAUCGAUCCUACCAUUCGCUGUCGAUUCCUAGCAGGCCGUCUUAUAGUGCAACUCAUGACAACUUCUCUUCUCGACCCGGCCGCAGAACGGUAGGAUCGAACGACUAUUCGUCAACCUUUGCCAGCUUAGGAGGAUCGCUUGGAUCCCAGUUGCCGGAGCGUUCGAUGAAUUACGGGUCCAUGUCUGGUCGGUUGCCCUCAAUGAUGGGGACGCCUCCGCAUGUAGUUUACCCUCCGCACCACCACCCGGGGCUCCCUCAGCCCGCACCGUCGUUAUACGACCCCCAUUCCCUCUCGCAAGGUAGUCGCCAUGUCCACGAGCGCGAUCUCUGUCCGAUCUGCGACCACGAACUUCCACCCUUAGGCGUCGACGGGAACGAGACUCUCCGCGAAGCCCACAUCCGGGAAUGUAUUGAGAGUCACGGUCGACAGACACGCUCGCCCUCGCAAGGCGAUAGCCCGGUCUCGCAGCCCGCCUUGCCGGUCCGCAUGCUCGCGUUCACGGCGACGGAGAAGGACUGUCUGGGCCACGACGGGUCCACGCAGGAAUGUACCAUCUGCAUGGAGGAUUACGAAGUUGGUCAGGCGCUGGUGCGCCUAGAGUGUCUCUGCAAGUUCCAUAAACGAUGCAUCGUUGAAUGGUUUGAGCGGAAGAAGGAAUGUCCCGUGCAUAAGGUCUCAUGA